CAGACUCCCUGUUCAGCGGCCUAGGGUUGGGGCCUGUGGUGGGCCUGGGCCUGGUCGGCUUCCUCCUGGUCCUCGUAGUGGUGGACGUCAGCUGCUACUUCCUGCGCCAGUGUGGCCUGCUCAUGUGUAUCACGCGCAAGCUCUGCAGCAAGAAGACGACCACCAGCGGCAAGAGCAAGGAGAUGGAGGAGGGCAAGGCCGCCUACCUGGGCGAUGGGUCCAAGGAUCCUAUCGUUGAGAUGAGAACGGAAGAGGAGAGAAUAACUAACCAUGAUGGGAGCCCAGUGCACGAACCCAACGAGACUACACCUCUCACAGAGCCAGAGAAGCUACCGCUGAAGGAGGAGAACGGGAAGGAGACGCUCAAGCCCGACAUGAUCGAGAUCAAAGUGCACAGCGACAACAGCAUCCACACAAAUCGGGACGACAGUAAAGCAUAAAACGUGUGUGCCGUUUUUGCCCCUCGCUGCAAACGAGAACAUUUCGGAGCAUCUUACCCUGAGAUCAAAAUACAGAAAAAAACACAAACACAUAAAAAAAUAUAUGUCCAUAAGGGCCCAGAGAAAAAGAAAAGUGUGUGUAAAUACAAAUAAGAGAGAGCAAGCCAGAGAGAAAGAGAGAGGAAGACCCCAACAACAAGCGUUUAUAUGUGACUAAUCAAUUAUAUUGUUUCUAUCCAAGAUGGCUCCAGUCAAGGACACUUUGUGUUGAUCAGUGAUUGUAAUGUUUCUUUUUUUCCUCUGACUUUGGUUUUGUUGUUGUUUUUAACGCCUUUGCUGUUGCUUAUCCGUUGCUUUUAUUUAUUUUCCUUCCCCCUCUUAUUCAAUCCCCAUUUGCGAAAACACCCGCUCCUAAACACAUGCAUAAACACAUGAACACAUACACACAUACACACCAAAGCUCUCUGUCACACAGAUAAGUACCGCCACUAUCAACUCCCACUCAAGUCUGCUGUGCCUGGUAAAAAGAUCUCCAACAGUAGCAUUUACAGAGUAAGCUACCCUACCCUCACUGCAGCAGUCUCGUCUGUAUUCUAUUGUGGCUCUGGUCUAAGAUGUGAUGUCUGGGCUGUCCUGUCUAAUGCUUGUGUACUACGCUACAUUCGCCCCUGUAUGCCUGAGUAUGCCCACUCCUCUUUGAGCUUCCGGCUCAGAGAAUGUUGAGCUUGCUCAUCGGUUAUGCCACCAUUUUGUUUUGUUUUUCUUUUAUAUAAGAUGAAAAAAUUAACAGAUACUUUUAAGGUACCUUUGCACAUUGUAGUGAUAUUCGUCUUGGUGUGUCUGAAUGAGAGCUUCCGCGUGUGUCUGCUGUUAUAAGUGUGAGAGCUAUUUUUGUGUAAAUAUAUUCAGCAUAUUUGAUCAAAAUCGUUUGCGUUAACUAUACAGACCGUCUGUCUCCAUUAUUUUACUAGUGUACCAUGUAUUUCCAUAAGGUGACAGCAUGACAGGAAAAAAAAUCUCUGAUAACAGCUAUUUGUUAGCCAGUCGGAAAGAAUCCCCCAAGAUCCAUUAUGGUUCUAGGUGGUUACAUCUGGGAGGACUACAUGGUCAGUACACAUGGUCUGUGUGGUCAGGAAGUAAGCCAGGAAAUGUUAAAUAUUUUGAACAGAAUAUGAACAUCGUUACACCUGCCACUGUUGACCAAUGAGCUGGCUUCAUUGUAGGGGAUUGUGCAAGGCUGUGUUUUAGCACUGGUUUUGAUGUGAUGCCAUGACCAAUAAUGUCAAAAACAGAGUACUGCUGUUUUUUUGGCAGAAAAUUCAUCUGUACCGAGCCCUUAGAGUUAUAGGUAAUGUUUCCUGUGUAUAUGUUAACCGUCUUCAUGGUGUAUCCGUAACCAGGCUACAGCGCUUGUUAUCUCACACAACAAUAAACAACAGAGACCAUUUUGUGUUAUUUCAUGGUUACUCUGCUUUACAUUGAAUGUUAUUUUAAUUCAUUUUUUUGCAGUAAAACAUUUUUUUGGGCCAUUUUUUCUCAAAGACAAGAAAAAAAACAAUUGAUGUUGACAUGAAAUAGAAAUGUGAAAAUAAUGUGGUUGUCAUACAGUUCUGUGAGUAGUUAUUGGGGAAAAAGUAGUCUAUAAAAAGGAAAAGACGGUUCUGUUCUCAACUGCUAAAGACUAGACUCCAACACACGGGCAUAAAGUAUUUCAGUCAUGCUAUUUAGAUUCACUUACAUUACAGCUGAUUUUAGUUUCAUGCCAAUAUUAAUGAUCAAAAACCAAUAACAUUUUUCUGUUCAUUUCCUGUAUCCGAUGUUGUCAUGUAAAUAGGUAAAGAAAAAAAAAGAUAUUUUACAAAGCUCGGGUAAAUAGACCCGGAAAAUAUGAGUCUUUUUUCAAAAGCAAAAACAGGCUUUCUUGUGUGAGUGCUCUCCAGCUGAAAAAAACACUUAUUUUAGUUCUGGUCCGACAGUUCAGUGACGACAUGACAGUGGUCUCUACUAUUCAUCACUUUACUCUCAAGAUACCACACACACAGUGGGCCCUUAGGCCACUUCACAUCAUUUCAAUGGAGGCUGUAAUAAAGAUAAUAGCAUGCCUUGGUUUUCCCACGGCCCAUUGUCCCCCUGGUCCCUUGCUGCAGUGGCAACAGUGUAAACCAUUAAAUAAAAAUUUAAUAGGCUUGUUUGCCAUUAGCCAAGGGAGCGGCGCACAUGAUCUUUGGAGACUGGACUGUUCCUUGCAGAGUCGACGUGACGGAUCCCGACGUGCUGCCCAUUAGUUUGUAAUUACCCUGUCGUUAAUUAUACGGUGGUGCUGUGAAUGCUGGGGAAUGUAGUAUUUGCCACUGCUUGAGAGCUAGGUGGACUCUGCUAGGGUAACUAUGGUUUUAGCACAGGCAGCAUACAAUAUUUGAGCACUGAAAUGUGUGUGUGCGUGUCUGUACAUGUAAGUAUAAGUCCAUAUGUGCUGUGUGCGUGUGCUGUGUGUGUCUUACACUGAAUUAAAAAACGGAUUAUCAUGUAUAUCGCUGUCAUCAAUUCUCUGGGUGGAGCGCUCUGCAUGUGUGUCUGAGAAUCCCCUCUACCCCUUUUUGCUCCAUUGGUUUUACCCCAUAAAACUGACUUUGUUUUCUCCCCAAAGCACGAUGUGUAAACUGUACCUGCCAUCUUGGAGUUGCUCUGUAGCCUGUUAAGACAACUGUAAAUAGGGAGCACAGUGCCUGAUGGCCAUGAGAUUUGUACAUGUUACUUUAUAUCUGAAUAUGAGUCUUUUUUCCCAUUCCCUCCUCCCAAAUCUCUCCCCCUCGGACUCCGUCUCUGUCUCCAUAGAGAGUACUGGUGUGUUUCUAGCUUUGUGGAUUGUGUCCCCCCCCUCUAGUCCCCUUCUGGACUGAGUGUGCUUACGCAGGUAGUGGAAACUGUCGACGUGGCCGUAACCUGUGGAACACCCUGUAACAAACCUCCUGUCAAUUUAUCAUCUGUAAAUAAACAUGUCCUGGUA